AUGCAUCAAUCAACCCUCAACGACGCGGCCCUAGCCCUCUCCCGCAUCCUCUCCUUCAACAAAAUUAAGCACGGCUUCUUCGGCGGCUGGUCCGUCCUCGCCUGCAGCCCCCAUGCCGCCUACCGCGAAUCCAAAGACAUCGACGUGCUCGUGGCGGCCACCAAACCCACCAUCCAGCGCAUCCUCUCGCAGAAGCGCGGCUGGCUCGAGAUCCCGCAGUGCCGCGAGGACUACGUCGCCUUCUUCUGGUGCGACACCGAGGGCUCGCAGAGCAUGGUGCUCGUCGAGAUGUUUGUGGGCCACGAAGAAAUGGCGCGGGACCAAUUCCCCGUCUCGCGGAACCAGGUGCUCAGCGGGCCGCGCAUGGGGACCAGCUAUGUGCCCAUCCUGAAGGAAGAGUUUCUGUUCCGCGGGAAGCUGAGUGCGUGUGCGACGAGGACGAAGAGUAGUGAUGUGGCGGAUGUGGACUACUUGGUGAGGAACUAUGGCAAGGAGUUGAAGAUGGCGGCGAAGAAGAUGGAUAAGAAGACGGUGGGGAUGGCGGUGAGGAGGCACCCGGAGCUCAGGAAGGUGCUGGGAGAGCUGGGUGUGCACACGAGGGGCGCGGUGUGGGGUGUGAGGAAGGCGAGGUUAGAUGGACAGUCUCAGCCACAGAUGUGGGAUGUGCAGAGGGGGCUUGGGAUCUGCUUCUAG